AUGGAUUCUAGCAUGAAUGGCCACUUACCUCAAGAGAGAUCUGGUGAUGAAGAAGUACCUUUAAUACUUUUGAGUUCAGACCUUGAUCGCCGCCAGCGAGCCAAAGCACUGAGUCAGCUGUCUCACCAGUCGCAAGGCAGUAAUGUCUAUGACAUAGGACAUGAUGAGGUAUCCGUAACUAUGACAACGACGUCUAAACAAAAAAUGUACUUUUCUUUUCUACUUUCGUAUAUUAAUCUGUUGGAUAAGUUAGGAAGAAGUCCACCUCACAAUGCCAUAUUGGGACGUCACGUGAAGAUCAUGGAGAUGCUCUUUGGGGCUGGGGCCAAAAUAUAUCUUCUGGAUGAGAGCCAAGAUUCACCGCUUCACACCGCAGUUCGAACUGGAGACGAGAACUUUGUCAGAACUUUACUCCGAGUUGGUCGAUGUGAUGCAAACAUCAGAGGACAUAGUUCAGGAACCGCUCUUCACAUCGCUGCUGAUAUGGACAAAGUGGCCAUAUGCAGGAUAUUGGUUGUGCAACUUUGUCUGGACAGCGGGGCCAUCAUUCGGCAACCAAAGCGUCGGGUCGACGGACCGGGCGAACUUAUUACGCAUUACGCUGACGUCACGGUAAAAGAUGUAGAUCUACGACCAUGUGUCAGAGUGGCUGUUGGACAUACAUCUACUAUGGAGCUGUUACUACAGAAACGAGAGGCCUACCCGCUAAUAACUGACAAGGACAUCACAGGCUUCACGCCAGUCCAUUACGCCGUCAAGUAUGGUCACUUUCGGAACAUUUUAUUGUUCAUGGAACGAAACAAGGCAGCUACUAGUGUGACGUCAGAUGAAAUGGAUACAGCUCUCCAUGGCGCUGCCAGAUACGGCUGGAAAGAAAUUGUCGAGGUAGUGCUGACAGGUCGCAAAACUCGCUCCACAAACUUGAAAGACAACCAAGGAAAAACAUCUCUACAGUUCGCAUGCGCAGAAGGCCAUGAUAGAGUAGUCGAGCUUUUGAUUAAGCUUGGCGCUUGUCUGGAAAAAGUAAGGGAUCACAAUGACAGAACAGCUCUACAUAUUGCAGCCAUGAGGGGCUCCAAGCGAUGUGUGCAGUGCAUUUUACAAAAUCAUCCUCAGUGCAUUAAUCUCUUCGACAAGAAUCAGAACACUGCGCUGCAUCUGACCGUCAUUCAUGGUCACACAGACAUUGUGUCAUGUUUGCUGUCGUAUUCUGAACAGCAAAUCCUCAUGAACAAGAAGAAUCACAAUGUAUUGGAUUCCACCAUAGAUGCUGAGAGGAAGAAUGUUGCACUUGCGAUAGCGAGUCACAACAGAUGGCGUGAAGUGCUCACCUCGUCUUUUUCAGGCCAUAUUGCGCAGAUGCAGAAGCCCGUGAUAAAAAUGCCAGAGGUUGCAACACGCUUUAUGGAUCAGUGUAUGACAAGGCAAGGAAACCCAGGUACUUUGCACAAGUGUGUACAAUGGAAACAUCUGAGAUCCUCCUGUGGAAACAAACCGCAUCCAUUUCAGACUAUGCAGUCAGAUUUAUUAGAUUACGAGUUACUGCAGGAACAAUCAAAGCUUCUCAAAUAG